CGGGGGGCGGCGGGCGCGGGCCGAGCGCGGCGAGCGGAGCCGGCGGGAGGCGGCGGCGCCCGCGGGCCCAUGGAGCUGGAGAACAUCGUCGCCAACACCGUCCUGCUCAAGGCCCGCGAAGGUGGUGGAGGAAACAGGAAAGGCAAGAGCAAGAAAUGGCGCCAGAUGCUGCAGUUCCCCCACAUCAGCCUCUGCGAGGACCUUCGGCAAACCCUGGAGCGGGACUACCACAGCCUGUGCGAGAAGCAGCCCAUUGGGCACAUGCUCUUCCGGCAGUUCUGCGAGACGCGCCCCGAGCUCUCACGCUGCGUCAAGUUCCUGGAUGCUGUGGCAGGGUACGAAGUGGCUCCAGAUGAGAAGAGGAAGGAAUGUGGGCAGCACCUGAUUGAAAAGUACUUGAAGCCAAACAGUGAGGACCACGUGCCUGAAGUUCCCUCACAACUGGUGGAUGCCUGUUGUGAGAGGCUGGAGCAGGAACCUUCUAAGGAGCUCUUCAAGGAAUGCACUAAGCUUAUCCACGACUACCUGAGCGUGGCUCCCUUUGCUGACUACCUCGACAGCUUGUACUUCAACCGCUUCCUGCAGUGGAAAUGGCUGGAAAGGCAGCCAGUGACCAAAAACACUUUCCGCCAGUACCGUGUGCUGGGUAAGGGCGGUUUUGGGGAGGUGUGUGCCUGCCAAGUGCGUGCCACAGGGAAGAUGUAUGCCUGCAAGAAACUGGAGAAGAAACGGAUCAAAAAGAGGAAAGGAGAAGCCAUGGCCCUGAAUGAGAAGCAGAUCCUGGAAAAAGUGAACAGUAGGUUUGUAGUGAGCUUAGCCUAUGCAUAUGAAACUAAAGAUGCUCUCUGCCUAGUGCUGACCCUCAUGAAUGGAGGGGACCUCAAGUUCCAUAUCUACCACAUGGGAGAGGCUGGUUUUGAGGAGCCCCGGGCAGCUUUCUAUGCUGCUGAGAUCUGCUGUGGCCUGGAGGACUUGCACCAGGAGAGGAUAGUGUACAGGGACCUGAAGCCAGAGAACAUAUUACUGGAUGACCAUGGUCACAUCCGUAUCUCAGACCUGGGACUGGCUGUGCAUGUGCCAGAGGGCCAAACAAUCAAGGGCCGGGUGGGGACAGUUGGCUACAUGGCUCCCGAGGUGGUGAAGAACGAGCGCUACACGUUCAGCCCAGACUGGUGGGCUCUGGGCUGCCUGGUGUAUGAGAUGAUCGAGGGCCAGUCCCCCUUCCAGCAGCGCAAGAAGAAGAUCAAACGGGAGGAGGUGGAGCGCCUGGUGAAGGAAGUGCAGGAGGAGUACUCGGAGAAGUUCUCGCCCUGCGCCCGCUCCCUCUGCACCAUGCUCCUGUGCAAAGACCCCUUGGAGCGCCUGGGCUGCCGAGGAGCUGGGGCCAAGGAAGUGAAGGAACACCCUCUCUUCAAGCACCUCAACUUCAGGAGGCUGGAAGCAGGCAUGCUGGACCCUCCCUUCAAGCCAGAUCCCCAGGCCAUCUACUGCAAGGAUGUGCUGGACAUCGAGCAGUUCUCCACGGUGAAAGGGGUGGAGCUGGAGCCCACAGACAACGACUUCUACCAGAAGUUUGCUACAGGAAGUGUGCCCAUUCCUUGGCAGAACGAGAUGAUCGAGACAGAGUGUUUUAAGGAGCUGAAUGUCUUUAGCACAGAUGGCACAGUGCCCCCAGACCUGGACUGGAAAGGGCAGCCUUCUCCACAGCCCAAAAAAGGGUUACUUCAGCGCUUGUUCAGCAGACAGGACUGUUGUGGAAACUGCAGCGACAGCGAGGAAGAGCCCACCCGGCUGUAGAGCACAGCCUGUUCUCCAGCCCCUGGGACCCCCUGGCCUCUCCCGAGUGCCCAGCCUGAAGGACACGGUCGCAGUGGCCCCGCAAGGUGGAUUUGUUUACAGUUUUAUACGUCUGUAUGUGAAGACUGUGAGGAUGAUUCCAAGGCUGGCAGCCGCACACGACUCGGGUUGAGGUGCCUGUGACCACGGGCAGGCCCUGAGACAAACCCGGACGCUUCCAGAUCUGCCACCUGGGAUGGUGCUGGUGCUGCUGCCGCUCCUGUCCCGGGCCCAGGGAGGGAGGGAGGGAGGGAUGGUGCCAGCGUGGGCCGAGGCCAGGCUGGAGCAGCUCUGCUGACACAUUCCACGGUGCCGAAGCGGCGCCGCAGGUUUGAUGUAUAUUUAUAUAUGUCGGUCUGUACAUAUCACACGUGGGUUUUUAGUCUAUGGGUGGGGGCCCGCACUGCCCCCACCCUGCCACAGGCACAAAUGUCCUCCUAUGGGAGGAGUGACGUUCCCAGCUUUGUUCCAGGGAGUCCUGGACAGAGGCCUUCUGUGCCUUGAGGUGUCUAAAUCAUCUUUCCUGGACCUUUCUGGCCGUGCUGAGGUGUCCUGGCUCCAGCGGAGUCCUCUGCUCAGCCCCGAGGCACAGGAAGGUGCUGUGCCAAAGCGUCUGCCAUCGCGUCCUGGCAGCAGAGCGUCACUGCCUUGUCCUCAUGUCCCUGUCUGCUGGAGCCUGCUGCCUCCUGCCUCGUCUCACACGUGCUGCCAGCUGCAGUGAGCUGAUCCCGAGCCCCUCUGCAGACCACUGGCACAGGUGGGCACCUGCUGCUGCUGUGGCCAAAGGGUUGGUCUGAUCCUGGCACACUGCAGAGAGGAGUUCCACCAGCUCUGGACCUGUGCAUUCCAGAGGUGUGGCCGUCCCCAGGCCCAGCUCGGUGGUGGAGGAGCAGACACAUAAAGGACCCUGCUCUCAGGGAGCAAAGCUGUGAUAAAGGGAAUGUCCCUCCCAGGGUCAUGUGAAGCUGUGACCCAAAAGUGAGCGGGCUGGGACCAGCUUAGUGUGUGUCCCCAGGGGUUGUGGGGAGCCAGCACAGCUCCUGCACCCACGGGCAGGAGCCCUCCGUGGGGAGCAGCCCACCUCUCCAUUCAGCUUGUCCUGUCCCCUCUUGUGUACACCUGUCCCAGCUGUGUCCUGAGCAAUAACUCGUCCCUUCUGUGUGUGUGUGUGUGCACACGUGUGUGCGUGUGCUGCUGCCUCUGCUCAUUCUGAGCCAGGCCCCCCAGGGGGGCUGAGCACCUACUUGGACCUGUGGUAUCAUUUGCUUGCCUUGCACUAAAGUUGGAGAGUAUUUAAAUUUUUAA